AUGACAGAAGUAAGACUGUACCCGAUCUACUUCAACACAACGAUAAAAAGAUCGCAGGGAAGAAAAGUUCCGCUGAUUGAAAACAACACUCCAGCUACUUUCCAGAGCAUCCUCAAAGCACUGAAGCAGCUAAACAUUGAGUACACCAUAGGAACAAAACAGCACCCCAAGCACUCGUAUGAAGUGUGCGCACAGUCUCUCCCAAAGACAGCCAAGCCAGAAGAGGUGGAGAGGCUGUUCAGCACAACAGGAGGAUGUUUUACAGUGAACACAGAGAACAAAAGAAAGCUGAUCAAAGACAUACACGACAUACUAAACCAAAAAACGCCUUCAAAAGCAUCUAAGAUCUAA